AUGAGUAAUCCGACAUUACCCAAGACUGAGGAUAUGUCACAUCUGUCUUCGAACAGCUCUAAUCAAAGUGGGUCAAAUGAUUUUGUGAAGAAACUCUUUCAGAUGUUAAAGGAAGACACUUACAAGGAUAUCGUAAGAUGGACAACAAACGGUGAUAGUUUUGUUGUUCUCAAUACAAAUGAAUUUACUAAAGAUAUUUUGCCUCGACAUUUCAAACAUAGUAACUUUGCUAGUUUUGUGAGGCAGCUUAACAAAUAUGACUUUCAUAAGGUAAAAAUUCCGAACGAGGAGAAGCAAAGCUAUCAAUAUGGAGAAGAUGCAUGGGAAUUCAGGCACCCAGACUUUAGAAUAAAUGAUCAAGAGUCUUUAGAAAAUAUCAAAAGAAAAGGGCCGGGCUCGAAGAAGGGAGUUGGAACAAGCGAUCAUGGUAGUAAUAUGACCUCCUAUACCACUGCACAAAUUCAUCACAUGAACGAAUCUAUCGAACUAUUAAAGGCAGAAAAUAAGCAGCUACAUCAAGACAUGAGUAUACUUCAAGGUAAGUAUAAAACUUUGAUAGAAAAUAUAGUAUCAUUAAAUAAUGUUGAUGAGAGAUAUCACAGAUAUUUAAAUGUUUUAGCGACCUGUUUAGCUCAUGCUGGUAUUAAGGUACCACCGCUAGACUUUCCAAAUCCCAAUUUGGUUAACCUUCAACAGCCUCCAUUAUCUCAUUCAACUGCAGCCAAUACGCAACCGCCCCAGCCUCCAUCUACCACUUUGAAUCAUCAGAUGUCACCACCAUUAGCAGGCGCACACCCUAAUAACAAUUCAAUGCCACUAAAUGCAUUUGAUCAGCAAUUUAUGUCACAGCCUUUGCAGCCGCCUUUACAUUUGCAAGCACGAACACCUCUGUCAGGCGAAGGUCUUGCUGCCAAAUCACAGUCUUCACCGCAGAUUACUACUGCUGCUUCAGAAUCUCCUGCAUUAGGCUCUAACCUGAAUACAACUGAUUCCCACAGAAGACUAUCUAGAGAUGCGCCUUCGGAGAUAGUCACAACAACUAACAUACCGAAUCCAAAAUUUCAUGUUCUAUUAGUUGAAGAUGACAAUGUUUGUAUCCAGCUUUGUCGAAAGUUUUUGGUUAAAUACGGUUGCCAAGUAACUGUCGUCACAGAUGGAUUGAAUGCCAUAUCAACUUUAGAACACACCAAGUACGAUCUUGUUCUAAUGGAUAUUGUUAUGCCUAAUUUGGAUGGUGCCACCGCUACAAGUGUGAUACGAUCCUUUGAUACUAGGACUCCUAUAAUAGCUAUGACAGGUAACAUUGAGGACAAUGAUUUGGUGACAUAUUUACAGAAUGGAAUGUCUGAUAUCUUGGCUAAGCCGUUCACAAAAGAUGAUUUAUAUUCAAUAUUAAGUAAGCAUCUUUUAGAAACUGGACAGAAAAAUGAUAUUUCUCAGUUGCAGGGCCCACCACAAGAAACAUUAGCAUUGCCCCAAGAACAACAGCGACAAGCACAACAGGCCUCACAACAGGGUCCACCCCAAACGUCUAACAUUGCUUCCUCCAUUGGUCAAACUUCAGGUCCCAAUGGAGAAGAUCAAAUGUUAAAAAAACAAAGGUUGUCAUGA